AUGGCCGCCAUUCGUAAGAAGCUCGUCAUCGUUGGAGACGGAGCGUGCGGGAAGACGUGUCUCCUGAUCGUCUUCAGUAAGGAUCAGUUCCCGGAGGUCUACGUCCCCACCGUCUUCGAGAACUAUGUGGCCGACAUCGAGGUGGACGGGAAGCAGGUGGAGCUGGCCCUGUGGGACACGGCCGGACAGGAAGACUACGACCGGCUGAGACCUCUCUCCUACCCGGACACCGACGUCAUACUCAUGUGCUUCUCCAUC